AAUAAUAAAAAAAAAAAAUUGGGAAUGGAGCGAGAAACAGAGCAAGAAGCUGACGAAAGAAGAGAAGCAGCGAUCGCUUCAUCGGUUUCCUUACGGCCGAAUUUCAAGCCCAAAACUGGUCUCACUGAGUCCCAGCUCUCUAAAUUUCAGGAAUUGCACAAAAGGCGUUUGCAAAUCAAAGCCAAAUCGAAAGUGCACAAGAGAGACAAAGGUGAUGGGAGAAGCAAAUCCCAUAAGAAGGCCAUCGGAAUUCACCAUUGCAUUGACCAAGAAACGAGUCAACCCGCUGUGGAAUCUACCAGUGUUCAAAUCCAAGAAAGCAGAUUGGUGAACAUUUCUUCCGUUGAAGAAGAUAGUGUAGCAAAAGACUCGGCAGCAAAUAGACGACAAAAGCUACAUUGGGGGUAUUUAGCGACUUCACUUUCACAUACUUUUCGUUUUUUUCUUUUUUUUAUCUUUUCUGUAUGUUCAUAA